AUGGCUUUGGGCAUGGGUGAACCAAGACCUUUAGGAACCCGCGGUCAGUCAAUCGUGGAUAUACCUAAGGCUGCAUCAUCGUCAGGAAUAGGAGAAUCCAUUUCUGUGAUACGCACAUCAAGCUCACAUGACUUAUCUUUCAGAGGAACUCCGGAAAGAGCAGUCCACUUCACAGGCCAGGAUCGGCUUAUCGAUAUCAGUUCAUCGAUGGAGAUCACACUGAGAUACCUUAAAGAGCGUAUCGAGCAAUUAGAAAGGGAUAAGGCCGAGCUCACAAAUGACUUAAUGUCCCGUCGAGAAGAAAUGCAGAAAAACUCUACGCAAAUGCAGGACGCUGUCAAUGCUAUGCACUCUUUAGAAAAACAAGUGCAGGACCUACAAAGAGAAAACGACAAUCUCGAAUCACGUCUGGCUACACAACGACAGCUCUACGUUUCAAAUGAAGAAACAAUGCGGGCAAAAGAUCUAGAACAUCGUAAUUUGAAAGCGAAAAUCAUGAGCGCUGAACUGCACAUUCGCGAGAAGGAUAGCAAAAUCAACCAGUUGAUGAGUCAAUUAGAAGCCCUACGACUCGAACAUUCACAAGUGAGUGCGGAGCGACAAAGGUUGAGCAACAUCGCGAAAGACGUUGAACAUGACAUGAAAGCUUACGAAAGUGACAGCAAGAAACUACUGCAAGAACGUGAACAACUGAUCAAGCGACUAACAGAAGUGGAAAGCGAAAAUAAGGUUUGUUAAGA